UCUACUCUGGCGGCGAGACGUCAGACCACGCAGCGAGCAGCACCCGGAGGAAACCCUAUCACUCGCAAGGAUGACGACGAGGCGGCAGGCGGCGGGCUGGGCGCUGACGGCGCUGGUGGUGUGCUCUCUGGGGGCGCCGGCGCUGAGCUACCCGGGCCCCGGCUCGGAGCAGCUGGCGCAGCCGCGCAAGUUCGCCGAGAAGCCCAACAACCUGAAGAAGGUGGCCGUGGACCGCAACGACCUGGACGACGUGUCCAGCAACCAGGUGCAGCAGCAGGAAGGCUUCUCGUGGAGCAACAUGCUGGCUAUGGUCAUGGGACUGCUCUUCAACCCUCACCAAGGCCCCAACAAGUCCGACGGCAUCGAUACUGACACGGGGGCAGCACCGUCGCCGUGGGCCAACUUCAUCUCGAUGGGCCUGAAGAUCCUUACCGCGAUCCUGGGAGGCGGCAACGGCAGCGGCGAUGGCAUCGACAAGGUGGACAACGGCAACUCGCCCAUGCAGGGCAUCCUGGCUGCGGUUCUGUCGGCGAUGCUCGGCACCAAAGACCCCGACCAGGUGUCCACCAUGGCCAAGCAGGCCGGCGAGUUCAUCAACAUCGUGGUGAACCUGCUGGACGCGCUGAAGACGUCCUUCAGCCACCGCUCGCUGGCCGCCAGGAACAUCGGGCGCAAGGACUCCGUGGCCGAGGCGACCGUAGCCGGGCUGUCCUUGUUCAAGGGCUACGUGCGCACGCUGAAGACUGACGACGACAGCUGCAUGCAGAAGUACAUGUGCGAGGCGAACAGGGAGUGUUCCGACGACACGCAGGGCGCCAUCUUCUGCCAGCUCGGCUCGUACGCGGCCAGCUUCAUGUUCGAGCGGUCCAGCUCGCUGCCCUUCGACACGUACUACGAGGCUGGCCGGCGGGGGCGCAGCGGCGACGACUGCCGCCAGCUGUACCUCGCGUGCAACGAGGUGUAGCGGCGCUACUCCCCCCCUCCUCCGCCGCGGCCAGGGACUAGGCCCGCUUGUACCCCCGACUGCCCGCCGGAACACACCCGCGGGUGCACUCGGCGCCCGCCUUCCUGCAGGUCGCAGAGUCCGCGGGUCGUUCCGGCGCCUGGUUACUGCCCGUGCACACGUCCACACUCCCUGGGUACACUGUCACUGCCCGUACACACUCCCUGGGUACACUGUCACUGCCCGUACACACACACCUGGGUACACUGUCACUGCCCGUACACACUCCCUGAGUACACUGUCGCUGCCCGUACACACAUUCACACUCCCUGGGUACACUGUCACUGCCCGUGCACGCGUCCACACUCCCUGGGUAAACUGUCACUGCCCGUUCACACAUACCUGGGUACACUGUCACUGCCCAUCCACACAUACCUGGGUACACUGUCACUGCCCAUCCACACAUACCUGAGUACACUGUCACUGCCCAUCCACACAUACCUGGGUACACUGUCACUGCCCGUCCACACAUCCCAGGGUACACUGUCACUGCCCGUGCACACAUGCCUGGGUACACUGUCACUGCCCGUGCACACUCCCUGGGUACACUGUCACUGCCCGUACACACAUCCACACUCCCUGGGUACACUGUCACUGCCCAUCCACACAUACCUGGGUACACUGUUGCAAUUGGGGACAUUACUCAUUCCAUUCCAUAGCUUAAUAUCGUAUAAAAAAAGCAUUCGUGGUUUGUGGUGGUGUUAAAGAGAGAGAAAGAAAAAAAAUUGUUCUGUAUCGCGAUUUCGAAAGCAAGGAAAAAGUUCGGUCUACUCUCACAGUGUGUCUACUGUCAAGUACCGCGCGGAAGUGAUCAGCGAGCAAUGGAGCAGAGUACUGGCUUGCAUCCACCUUCGUCACGGGAAUCAUAACAGUGUACCUUCACAGCACUACACAAAGUACCAGGUUAUCAAUUUUCACAAUCAUCACGCAUAGCAUGAAUCUGUUUAAACGUGGGUACCGCAGCAGAGAGAAAGCUGGAUGUGAACGAUAGUAUUGAAAUGAAUAAAGCCUGAAUUACUCUGUCCGUGUUUUGAGGCAGUAUUUUUUUUUGUUCAAAGACAAUACUUGUUCCCUGCUAGUUUCUGGCCAAAAAACUGUUACAUAGACUGUAAAACUCAAUAUUUAAUUUAAUUUUAAUAAACAAUUGACAUAAGAUAUUAGAGUUCCGUUAUUGCUUUACGUGUACAUUCUUUUAGUAUUAUUUAUUUCUUAAUUUAUUAGUUUUUAAUUUAUUUUUAAUGUAGUCACUAUUAUUCAUUUAGGUGUUAACUGUUUACUUUACAUCAGUUGCCAGUGGAAAUAUACUCAUUACUUACUAGCAUUUGACUGUACAUACGAAACUGAACAAAUCUUUCUUGCCCAGUAGGUACAGGCGCAAGACAGGUUACUUCUUUUAGGGCUUUGUAUGCAAGCAUAUAGUGUUUCCACAGCUCAGAGCAAUUUUUAUUUUUUGCCAGCAAUAAAAAGUAAAUGCCUUACUUAUAUUUUUUUUCUGAUUGACAUAAAUCAAAAUAAAUCAUGAAAAAAUAUGGGGCUACGAAUAUUUUUUUAAGGGAAAAAAUAACAUCGUGUAAUAUGACCGCAAGAAACAGCAUUGAAAAUACAAUCAAUACAACUCAGGAAUUGACAGUUUUUUAAAAAAAUUAAAUAAAAAUGCAUACGAAUUAUGUUUUUGUGCCGUUUUACUCAGCAUACCGUUUGUGAAUUAUGUUAAUCAAACUACUGUAGAGAUACUAACAUUACUAAAAUCAAACUACUUGUUUCACCGGUAAAUAAUUGCAACGUUCUUGAUGGACUGACUGCCUUACAAGAGAGUUACAUGCUCAAAGACAGUGACGCCUAUUCGCGGAAAAGUUUCCUCUGACGAUAGCUAGUCUACUAACAAGCUUUUACGUUCUCGUCUUUAAGUAGAUAUAUUUUAUUUGUAAUAUUACGACUACGAGUGUUGUGUUUACGUAUGUGUCGUGCGAGAGUGAAUGACGAUGCAAGAGAGAAAUACAAUGUUGUUAGGGAGUUUAUUUUCUCAGUUGUACCAAAAUAAUUGUGGAAUUUAAAGUGGAAAAAUAAUAUUUCAUUGGUGUGUAUAUACAUUAAAGUUUAAGUUUGUAAACAGCAAAUGGAAUAAACUUUUAAAAACAAA